AUGAUAAAUAGUGUUAGCAGAGUUGUUUAUACGCAUGCCAAAGGGAAUCUCAAAUUUCACGGCCGAAGGACGUUCGCUUGUGCAGCGAGAAACUUGUCUAAACAGCAGAAAUUCCUGCUGACCAGAACUAUAAACGCACCAGCCUACGAUGUUUACGACGUUGUAUCUAACAUAUCGGAUUAUAAAAAGUUUGUGAAGUACUGUACAGAAUCGUUCGUCGCCAAAAAAGAUGAAGAAACAGGAAGGCCAACAGAGGCCGGCUUGACGGUGGGAUUUCACAGCUACGACGAGAGCCUUGUGUGUAGAAUCGAAUGCAGGCAGGACGAACAGGGAAACUACAGUGUGGUGGCUAACUCACUAACCCACACACUGUUCAACGCGUUGCAGACACAUUGGAGCAUCAAACCGCAUCCAUCGCGACCCGGUGCAACUGAAGCUAUACUUUGUCUUGAGUUCCAAUUCAAAAGUAGUCUUUACAAUAAUGUGGCAUCCAUUUUCGGGAAAAGUGCCACGGAACUUGUCAUGAAGUCUUUCGAAAAACGUAUCUUCAAUCUGAAGCGACAGCAUGCCAAAAAUAAGACGAGUGACGUCCUGUAA